CCGCAAAAGCAAAAGCAAAAGCAAAGAAGGGAGGAGAAGCCUCUAUAGGAGCUGUUUCGGGUUGCACUAUCCUAAUAUUGGUAAGUAAACAGUGGCUUAUGCAAUGCAUUUUGAGUUUUAGGCAAUGCAGUUUCCAUUUACUGCAAUGCAGAAAUGGAAACUGCAACGCAGUUUCUGUUUUAUCCUAUGCAGUUUCCAACCUAAUUUCUGAUAUAUCUUGUUUUUGAACUGUGCAGUUUCUACUGUGUGAGAGGACAAACAUCAUACAACCAAUCCUUGGCAAGGAGAAAGAAACUCCUGCCAUUCUUAAAUGGAGUCUUGUGGAACUCUACACAAGAUUCAACCAAAUAAAGGACUUGAAUGACAUCGAGGUAUGCAAUUUAUCGCAUGUUCUGUUUUAAUGUAUCUUGAAUGUGAAUCCAUGCUAAAUCAUUCUCAUUGUACAGGGUAUUUUCAAAACUCCUAAAAAGCGAAAAACUACCAGGGAAGAGGAAGACACUGUUGAGAAGGGUAUUUUGAAAACAUAUAAAAAGAGAAAAACUACCGGAGAAGAGGGAGACCCUCUUGACAAGGUAUAAGAAUCUCUAAACAGUGAAUUAUGCAUUUCGGUUUUCGUUUCCUCCAAUGCAAUGCAGUUUCUAAUUAGUUUCUGUUCAAUAUGCAGGAAAAAGAAAAAGAAGAUGAUGAGGGACAACAAGGAGAAGCAGAGGAAGCAGAAAACCAAGGAAAACCUGAUGAUGCUGAUCAAACUCCAGAAUUAAAAGAGGCUGGAAAAGAAGAAAAUGUUUGAGAAUGAAGCUGGAAAAGAACCUCUUGCAAUUCAAGACCUCUUGGUGAAGUCCAUGACAGACCAAAUCAACUACCGCCAACAACAAGAUCCUAGCUUCGUUUGCCCGGAAAGAUUACAACUGUGGAAGGAUGAAAAAAAUGAAGACAGUGAGAAGAAAAUGAAGGAAUUGUGGGAUAUAUUUAUCCAAGCAGAAAAGAGAUCAAAGGAGCUGGAAGUGGAGUUGGCAACAUACAUAGAGAAAUUAGAUAAUGAAGAAUGUGUGACUGCCACCAUGACAGUGGAAUCUACAGUUCAGCUUAAUGAAAUACAAAAUUUGAAAAGGAGGAUUGCAGAAUUGGAAGGCAAGGAAACUCGUAUUGACAUGGAGAAGAUUGCCAAGAAAAAGGAGAUUCAAGGAAAGUACAAGGCAGAAAUUCAAAGCUUGUUGUCAGACCCAACAAUCUUUGAAAUGGAGAUGGAUCUGCCUACAAAACAACCAACACAACCAGUUGAAGAGAAAGAAGAAGAAAAGAAAGAAGAAGAGAAGCAACAAGAAGAGAGAGAAGAAGAAAAUAAAGAACAAGAGAAGCAACAAGAAGAGAGAGAAGAAGAGAAGAAGCAAGAUGCUCCAACACCUGAUGUUCCUUCAAGAGUACAAAGGGUGAAGAACAGAGAAAGAAAGAGGCUUCAAGCAUCUUGCUAUGUGUACGAAAAAAAUAAGAAAACAAAAAAGGAGGCAAAAAAGGAUGAUGAAGAACUAGCACAAUUCAAGCUUAUCUCUUCCGAGGAGGUAUGCAAUUACUGCAGUUCAAGCUGCUGCUUUUUUCUAUUUUCUGCAUUGCAGAAACAGAAACUGUAAUGCAGUUUCCGUUUCCUGCAAUGCAGUGUGUUAUCUACUUUACAGAAAUAGAAACUGCAUGCAAUGCAGUGUGUUAUCUGCUUUACAGAAAUGGAAACUGCAUUGCAGUUUCUGUUUUAUCGAAUGAAAUUUCUAAUUAGUUUCCUUUCAAUCUGCAGUUAACACAAGAGGCAUCUCAGCCCAAUGCCACAAAUCCAAUUCCUG